UUAAAUUUCUUCGCUGUACUGAAUGGACCCAACGGCUCUUUUAAGAGCCACCCACGUUUUCAAAAAGAGUACGUUGAUCAUGUCAGCUAUUAUUUAGUAGCCAUGCUUAAACUACGCCGUCUGAAGAAGUAUGGGAUUUGAGUGACUUCCAGGUCUUGAUAAAUAGUGUUGUUCCUAUUGUGUGUUUUAUGAAAUAUCAGAUUAAGGGUUUUUAAAACUAUCAUACAAGCAGUGUUUUCAUGACGAAAGGUUAGUGAUUGUCAAACACGACUGACUGAAUGAAUUCAUACGGGUUAUUGAGUGUUUUAAGUUUAUCAUCGUGCGACCAUAUACAUGUUAUCACUUUGAGAAAACCAAGGGGAAGAAAAUGAAAUAAAAAACAAUCGUAUUUACAGAUGGCUGUACUAUAUGCCAAAUAUAAUGCUGAAAAUAAUAUGAACCAUUUCUGUUAAAUAUGGUCUGAAAAAUCUACAGAGAGGUUUGGAAGUUUGAGUAUGGAAAACGUAGGAACCCUGCAACGAGCUUCAUUUUACACUAAGGUUAAACUAGCUCGAGACAUAAAGGCGUUCUUGCCAAAAUCCGGGACUGAAUCCCGUGGCCCUUUAUUUGUGUAUUGAUGCUGAUGUAUGAUCUUCAAAUACGUAUACACAUUCUCUCAAAGAGUUAAUUUAAUAUACACAAUAGACAAUAUUAUGUAAGGACGUUGCGGAAUUACAAUUGUCAAUUUUAAAGCGCUUUAUUGGCAUGUUUGUGACGAGCGGGAAAGUGUGGGGGAAGUGACGUCACUGGCGGGUCUGGCGAUGGGAAGAUUCACAUUUAGAAGCUUUCAAUUGGCAGAUGUGUUUCUCUAGCAGCCCGUUUCUGACCAAUCCAGCCCUCUGAAAUUAGCAUGAGCUUUCAAUAAAUACCCAGUACACCACUCUUGACAGACCAAUAUUUUGUAGUGCCAAGAGCUUACUAGUUUUGUUAUAUGCACAUAAACACGCAUUCAGAGAUUUCAUUAAUGAGUUGACAGUCAUAGCUGUUACUUUUUGCCGAAUAAAUAACCGUUUCUGUGAGCGGGAAAGUUCAGAAACGUGUGUGGGAGGAGAUUCAGGGGUGGUGCUAUAGGAGGGCACAAAGGAGCAGACGUGUCAAUGCAGCGCGCCUUUUCUACCCAAUGAAAUACCUUCCAACUAUUGGUUGCGUGAAUACAGCCAAUCAGAGGGAGAAAAUCCAGCCCUGUCAAAUUACCAUGAGCUUCAAAUAAAUAUCCAGUGCAUCCGUAUCCCCGGAACUGUGAUGUUUAUGCCGAAGAAGAGCAUUCCCGAUCCAGGGAAAUCUGUCUUCAAAGAAGGUGCGCUCACCAAGACAGCCGACGAAAGAGAGAGAGAGAAGAAAAAUAUGAAAUCUAGAAUAAAAGAGAGUUACGCAAAAAUACAAAGUUUUCCUGUUCUUAUUUUUUAGCGGCGGUCUGGCCACGCCCACCCUCAGAGCGGAUCAUUCAUAUGAUAACAACCUGAAAUAAGCCAAAGGAAUGUGGUAAACGCCCCCUAUCAAUAAGAUAAAAUUAGCAGCAAACAUUUGUUUGCCUUUAUUGACCUUUUAUCACGAUGGCACGUCACGCACGCGAGCAAGCUCUCCGGAUGAUCGUAGACAGCGAGGAAGAAUUCAGUUUUUCCUCAGAAGACGACGACGAAGUUGAUGAUGAAGGCCUGCACUUUGAAGAGGGCUUUGAUCCAGCGCAGGACACGUUUUCUGAUGAGAAUGUGGCUCCUUCACGUGCACCUCAUACAGGAGCGGCACACAAGCGUCGUUCAGUUUUCAACGUGGUUGAGAAUCUUAACGAAUGUGAGAAUGACCAGAUACCUGUUGCAAAGAGAGCCAAGAUUCUGUCAUGGAAAGCAGAAACUGAUGUCGACAUGAAUCCAAAGCCUCUGAGAUUCCUGCCUGCGCGGGAACCUGGGCCGCAGUUGAGUCUCGCUGAGUCGCACUCCCCUAUGAGUCUUUUCAAACUGUUUUUCUCAGAGAGCGCCGUGUCAAAUCUGUGCCACAACACAAACGCUCAGGCUGCCAGGGCACUUGCAAAGGGUCGCAAAUACAGUUGGACAGAUGUCAGUGUUGACGAGAUGUACCGCUACAUUGGACUCGUUUUCUACAUGGCCACGGUGAAGAUGAGCUCCAUCGCCGACUACUGGCGGCAGGACAGUCUUUUCUCUUUGCCUCUUCCUGCCACAGUUAUGUCAAGGGACAGAUACCGCACCAUUUCAUGGAAUUUGCACAUGAGUCACCCAGAUGCAGACAAGGAAAAUGACAAAAAGAGGGGCACAGCUGAACAUGACCAACUUUUUAGGAUCAAACCUCUCAUGGACACUAUCCGUCUUGCGUGCAAAGCCUUCUAUCAUCCUAGAAGAAAUUUAGCUGUCAGGGAAAGACUGGCGGCAUGCAGAGCAAAUUUUGGAAUGACACGGUUCACGAAAGCCAAGCCAACAAAGCUGGGCUUCAAGUUUUUUGUCCUUGCUGACUCAUCAAAUGAAUAUACUGUGGAUCUCUCUGUGUACACGAGCAAGAACAGCUUUCCUACAGGCCAUGGGAUUUCAUAUGAUGCUGUGAUGUCUCUUCUGGACAAGAAAGUUUUGGGCUCUGGGUACCAUGUUUACAUGGAUGAUUUCUUUACAAGUCCAAAGCUCUUAACAGACCUGCUUGCUAUGAAGUUUGGUGCUUGUGGGACUUACAGAGACUAUAGGAGGGGCUUCCCACAGAGCGCAUCUAAUUCGCUGACCAAAAAAUCCACCAGGGGAUCCAUCAGGUGGAUUCGGGAUGGGCCUCUUGUGUGUGUGAAGUGGAUGGACAAAAAAGAGGUGUCUGUUUGUUCCACCAUCCAUGCUGCCUAUACUGGAGACCGUGUGCAAAGAAAAGUGAAAGCACAAGAUACAUGGAGGACAAAGACUUUUCCGUGUCCCGCACCUGCGACUGCGUACAACCACCACAUGGCGGGUACCGACCUGUCCGAUCAGCUGUUGGAGUACUACACUGCACAGCACAAAACCAUGAAGUGGUACAGAAAGGUCUUUCUACACUUCUUGGACAUUGCUGCCACCAACGCUUUCAUAUUGCACAAGGAGCUACACGGCAACAUGACACGCAAGGAGUUUAUGGAGCAGCUUGUUGCAGAUCUCUGUGGUGUGUCUCAGAAAGAAGCACAAAAACAGACCGGUAUCGACCACGUGCCGGUUCCAGGAGCCGAGUUGACCUCGAAUGUCAGAAAAAUUGCCACUACCGGUCGCCGCAUAUGUGCGCAUUGCAAAGCAGUGUUCGGCAAGAAGCAACAGACACCUUGGAAAUGCCAGGCAUGUGACGUUCACUUGUGUCUUCAGUUGAACAGGAACUGUUUCCAGGAAUGGCACAAAGCACAGUACUGAUUGACUUAUAUGGCUUCCUGACUGCAACAAACACAGGAGAAGGAAAAAAAAAAAAAAUUACAACCAAAGGAAAUAGCACCCAAUCCCUGCAGCCCACAUUGUCUGGAAAACAGUCAUAUUUACACUAUUUACAAUGCAGUCAAAAGGGAACACACUUGCCACAAUGAAAAAAAAAAAAAAAAAAAAGACCAAACUUAGAAAUAAACAUACAAACUAAGAAAUAAACAUACACAAAUAUAAACAUACAUACAAUUAUUCUAGAAUAUAACAACUUUACUUGUGCAAACUCCCUAUUAAGACUUAGAGGGAAUUCCCAUUUUGUGCCUUGGGUUUUCCUUUUCACCUCCCAUCUUUUAUUUCACCUGGGCAAGACUACAAACCUUCUCACAGAGAUUACAAACCAAAGCUUUCUUUUCCCAUGUAAUGCAUCAGCCAUGGUCCCACACCAGCUAAACACCCGCUUGCUUCACCUGCUUACAGUAGCCACGCCCCAAACUCUCACUAUAGACUGCAACAAUCCCCUCCCACUUUUUCAGUGGCAUUGGUUUCGAAAGUAUUUUUCCAUGCAUUUGUCACAUAGGGAUUUUUUUUUAUUUUAUUUUUUUAUUUAAUUUGUUAAAGCUUUAUAAGCCAUGAACCAAGCCAAGCUACAAGGGGAAUCAUAGUGUUAGAAACUUUGAUUUGAAGCAAAAAAAAAAAAAAAACAUUUGAAACCCAAACAAAAAUACAUAGGUACAAGACUGUGUACUGCAUGGCUUUAGUGAGGGAAAGAACUACAAUCCCAUGAAGCAUUGUGAACAACAUAAACAAUAAAUAAAUAAAUAAAUAAUGGAGAAAUAUAAAAGUA